GAACAGGCCUGAUGAACUUCAAGAGUCUGACGUUGGUACUGGUGCUGGCUUGUUUGAGGUCAAGAAGAUAGGAUAUGAUUUCUUUGCCUUUAUUGUUGAUUGCAAAGAACCUAAAGCAUGCACCGUGCUCUUAAGAGGACCUAGUAAAGAUCUCCUCAACGAAGUGGAAAGAAAUCUUCAGGAUGCCAUGUCUGUCUCAAGAAACAUCAUCAAGAACCCAAAGCUUCUUCCUGGCGGCGGAGCCACAGAAUUAACAGUUUCUGCCACUUUAAAACAGAAGAGUGCAACAAUUGAAGGAAUCGAAAAGUGGCCAUAUGAAGCAGCUGCUAUAGCUUUUGAGGUUAUUCCACGUACUCUAGCUCAGAACUGUGGAGUUAACGUGAUCAGAACUAUGACAGCAUUGCAAGGAAAACAUGCAAAUGGGGAGAAUGCUUGGACUGGAAUUGAUGGGAAUACUGGUGCAAUAGCUGACAUGAAAGAGAGCAAGAUAUGGGAUGCGUACAAUGUGAAGGCGCAAACGUUCAAGACAGCGAUAGAAGCGGCGUGUAUGCUUCUGAGGAUUGAUGAUAUAGUGAGUGGAAUCAAGAAGAAGCAAGCUCCUGGAGCUGGACCUACUAAGCCUACCAUUGAGACAGAAGGAGAUGCAGACAACGAGCAAAUACUUCCCGACUAGAAAUAACCAAAAUAAUCUUAUUCUUGUAGCUAUAUUAGUUUGACAUGUUUGUGAAACUUGACACUCCCUUCAAUAGAUUUUCUAAUUUUGCA